CGCUCCUCCCACACAACAUAAGCCGCGGACUCCCCUCCCAUGGCCCUCAAGAAAGCAAGAAAAGUGGUAGCAUCCAAGAAACCAACAUCCGCCGCCAUGGGCGUGGCGGAGACGCCCGAUCCGCUCGGGCGCGGCGGCGCGCACAACCUCAACCCGCCGCGGCUGCCCCCCGGCGUCUACUUCAGCCCGACGCGGGAGGAGAGCGUGGCGCUCCUCGACCGCUGGAUCGCCGGCGGCGGCAAGGAGGUGCCCGCCGACGCGCGGGGGUUCGUCUCCCACGCCGACAUCUACGGCGACAGCCCAGACGCGCUGCGGCGGCUGCACCCGCCGGGGAGCGCCCGCGCGGGCCAGCACACCUGGUGGUUCCUCUGCGAGACCAGGUUCCAGAGCCCCGGCGCGGCGGCCAAGCGCGCCGGCCGCAAAGUCGACACCGGCGGGUACUGGCAGGUGGAGCGGAGCGAGGCCGAGGGGGGCGCGGUCAAGAGCUACUUCGGCUUCUUCCUCGGCCCGUCCAGGAAGGAGAAGACGCCGUGGCUGACGCAGGAAUUCACCAGCGCCACGGACGGCGGCGCCGGCAAGAAGGGCGUGCCCGCGCUCUACAUGCUCUACGUCUCCCCGCGCGCCACCGACGACGAGCUGAGGGGGAUCUACGGGGAGGACGGCGUCACGGUGGGGCCCGACGGGAACAAGAAGCCUGUCCGGGCCGCCGUCCCGGCAGGCUGUUUCGACGCCGUCGUGGCGCUGCUGCCGCUGGGGAGCGUCCGUGGUCUCGGGCAAGAGCGCGUUGAGGUGUCGCAGGCGCCGCCCCCGCCGCAGCCGGCGUGUCUUCUUCGUCACGACGGCCAGCAGGGGCAGAACUCCACGGGGGCCGCAUCGUCGGCGGACCUUCUUGGUCAGUACCAGCAGCGGCCGGCGGCCGUUCUUGGUCAGUGCCAGCAGCAGCCGGCGAAGACGGUCAAAGGGUAACCGGAGUGGGAAUCUUUGGAGGAUCUGAGUUCGCCUACCUCAACAAGGAUAGUUAAUUGAUCUGCUAGAAGCAAACGAUUUCUUGGUUGAUUUUGGGGAUUAAUUUGUACAUAUGGGUUCUUGCAGUUUGCUUAUAACUGGAGUGGUAUGCAUAUAUGGUAGGAGUAGUUCUCUGUCUACUCUGUUUGAACGUUGAUUAUCUAUCAUGUGCUUUUCGAGAUUUUUUGUGUUUGACGAAAAGAAAUGUUGAUUAUGUGCCCAGUUUUCA